GAGAGAGAAAGAGGCAACAUAAAAAAGAGGAGAGAGAAAAUAAAAAGAAGGCCAAAAUAUAUUUUUUUUUUAAAAAAAAAAGAGAGAUAAGCGUUUAGCGAAGCAAAGCAUUGGCAUUGCAAAGAAAGACGCCCUCUUUCUCCUCACCUACAACUUUAUCUCAUAAAUUCAUCAAUACCCAUAAAUUUAAACUAUUCAUAUUCUUUGAUUAUUUGGAUUUUUUCCUCUCAUUUUCCCAGAAAAAUCAUUUUUUUGUUGUUCAAGCUUUAAUAACCUAAGUUUUCAUCUUCCACCGAUUAUAAAAAGAGAAGAUUUUUGUUGUUAUCUUUUUCUGGGUAAAUUUGUUGCAGAUGUAAGCAAGUGAAGAUCUGAGGCCGAUCUUCAUAAUAUUUGAAGUGUAAUUUUAUUGGGUUCUUGAGGCCGAUCCUUGGUGUUUUUGUUGCUUCAAGGAAGGAUCUGAGAGUCCAAAGGGGUUAUGUUGUAAUCACCAGGGGGGUGAAUUGUAUGGGUGGACGAUGCCAGAGCUGCGAAGUGGAGCCCGAAGAUCGAAGAGGCUUGGUGAUCUUCAGCAGCCUUCCCCUGAAUUGAAUGACCAGGGUGAGAAUUGUCAUCCACCUACGCAAAACAAAACAAGGCGAAGAGGUGGUGGUAGAGGAAGAGGUGCGAAUGCUGCAGCUGGUUUAGCCAAAGGGGCCCAAGCAGCAGUAGGAGCUAGGCAAACUGGUGGUGCUGGUCGAGGUCGGGGUGUUAGAGUGAUAGAUUUAGACCCAGAAAUUCCUGGUGAAGUUCUUCCUCAAGUUGCACCCGCCGUAGGAGCUGCUGGUGCUGCUCAAAAUCGAGUGGAAGGUGGUGCUGAUAAAGAUAUUGCAAUGGAGGGAGGGAGUGGAGAUAAGCUGGUGGUUGCUGAAGAGGAUGCUAACCUGACACCUGUUCCUGACAAGGUUCAAGUGGGCACUUCACCUCUGUAUAAGGUAGAGCGGAAGUUGGGUAAGGGUGGUUUCGGCCAGGUUUAUGUUGGUAGAAGAAUGGUGGGUGGUGUUGACAGGAUAGGACCCGAUGCUCUGGAGGUUGCUGUUAAAUUUGAACACCGCAACAGUAAAGGUUGCAAUUAUGGCCCUCCUUAUGAGUGGCAAGUUUACAACUCCUUGAAUGGAUGCUACGGUAUUCCUUCAGUUCAUUAUAAAGGCCGUCAAGCAGAAUUCUACAUUUUGAUCAUGGACAUGCUUGGACCAAGUCUAUGGGAUGUAUGGAACUCCUUAGGACAAUCGAUGCCUCCAAAUAUGGUAGCAUGCAUUGCUGUGGAGGCAAUAUCAAUCUUGGAAAAGCUUCACAUAAAAGGUUUUGUGCAUGGGGAUGUCAAACCAGAAAAUUUUCUUCUUGGUCAACCUGGAACCGCCGAUGAGAAGAAGCUAUAUCUUAUAGAUCUUGGUCUUGCCUCUAGAUGGAAAGAUGUAUCAUCUGGUCAACAUGUUGAGUAUGAUCAGAGGCCUGAUGUAUUUAGGGGAACAAUAAGAUAUGCAAGUGUCCAUGCGCACUUGGGUCGAACAGGCAGUAGGAGGGAUGAUCUUGAGUCAUUGGCGUAUACUUUGAUCUUUCUUAUUAAAGGGAGGCUACCAUGGCAGGGUUAUCAAGGAGACAAUAAGAGUUUUCUUGUUUGUAAGAAAAAAAUGGGCACUUCUCCGGAGUUGAUGUGUUGCUUUUGCCCCGCUCCAUUCAAACAGUUCCUUGAAGCUGUGACUGUCAUGAAAUUCGAUGAGGAGCCAAACUAUGGAAAACUUAUUUCUCUUUUUGAUUGCCUGAUUGAACCUUGUGCGCCACUUAGACCUAUCAAAAUUGAUGGAGCUUUGAAGGUGGGCCAAAAACGGGGACGGUUGCUCCUUAAUAAUUUGGAGGAGGAUGAGCAGCCGAAGAAAAAAAUACGUCUUGGUAGUCCUGCGACUCAAUGGAUUUCAGUUUAUAAUGCUCGUCGCCCCAUGAAGCAGAGAUAUCACUACAAUGUAGCUGAUGCUAGGCUUAAGCAACAUAUUGACAAGGGAAACGAAGAUGGUCUAUAUAUCAGUUGUGUGGCCUCAGCUACCAAUCUAUGGGCCCUAAUUAUGGAUGCUGGAACAGGUUUCAGUUGUCAAGUGUGGGAGUUGUCAAACGUCUUCUUGCAUAAGGAUUGGAUCAUGGAACAGUGGGAGAAAAAUUUCUAUAUCAGUUCAAUAGCUGGUGCAACUAAUGGAGCUUCCUUGGUGGUUAUGUCUAAAGGGACUCCUUACACUCAGCAGUCAUAUAAAGUCAGCGACUCAUUUCCAUUCAAGUGGAUCAAUAAAAAGUGGAAAGAGGGCUUUCAUGUAACUUCCAUGACGACAGCUGCUAGUCGAUGGGGAGUAGUAAUGUCAAGAAAUGCAGGAUUUACCGAUCAGGUUGUCGAGCUAGAUUUUCUGUAUCCGAGUGAGGGUAUACAUCGGAGAUGGGAAAGUGGCUACCGAAUAACUUCCAUGGCUGCGACACCAGAUCAAGCAGCCUUUGUACUUAGCAUUCCAAAGCGUAAAACGAUGGAUGAAACACAAGAAACUUUGAGAACUUCUGCCUUCCCUAGUACUCAUGUAAAGGAAAAGUGGGCCAAAAAUCUCUAUAUCGCAUCAAUAUGCUAUGGCCGAACUGUAUGCUGAUUUGCGGCUUGUACAUAUAUCGCUGGAAGAGUUUUGAGUGCGCUCUCAAAGGCUGGAGUGGGUGAUAACAGCUGCUAAUUUCGGGGUUAGGGGGGUUGAGCCGCCUUCUCACAUCCGAGGGGUAUAACAGGACAGGCUUCCAUAAUGAUUUUACCCCUCAUGUAUUUUGUAAAAGGUAUCCGUAUAUAUACCAUUUGAGAAAUAGAGAAACAUAAAAAAAAAAAGAGAAAAAGGCUGAGAAAAGCGUUCAAAAAUGAGGAAGAAUGCAACCCCGAAGCCAAGCAUGAAGUAGAGGCUGUAAAAUUCUGCUUGAAAAAAGACCGAAUGAUAUCAUCCGAUAUGGAAAUGGUAUUUGAUGUUUCAUAUUAAUGGGAGAAGAAAUUUUAGCAGAGUA